AUGGCUAGUGCGGUGAAGAAGAAGAGGCAGGAGUCAGGGAGAAGAGAGAAGGGGGUUGUCGAGGGUCCUUCGAGCUUUCACAAGCGUCUUCGGUCAGCAUUUCAAGAGCCUUAUCGAGGAGAGAGACACAAGCUGCUUAUCGAGAUAUUGAAUGAGCAUUGGCAGUCAAGCGCCGGGUACAGCCCAAUCAUCCAGCCGUCGGGUAUGGGGAAAUCCAGAAUGGUCCACGAAGCUGCGCUCUCCGUAUUUACGAUUCCAAUCAAUAUUCGUGAGGAGCUUAGCCCUGUUCUCAAAACCUAUCCUCCUCCAGGCAAGGAGUUUCGCCAUUAUUCCAGGGACAUCAUAUCUAAGGUUGCAGACAGAAGACGGAAGCGUGAGAUGAGGUUUGCGUCAGUUGAUAGACGUCAGACUUUCCAGAUGGACACUUGGACGUAUAUACCAACCUCCACUGAAUAUGCAGAUAUCAUCGUGAACGGCGAGUGCGAGCUGCCUCGUCACAUUUCAUCCACAUCCGCUUCUAGUUCAUUCAUUUUUCCAGCAGCAAUCAUCAAUAAGGCGUCCACGAUCAUUGAAGCGAAGCAGGUCUUUCGGGGGUAUCAUUCGGUACUCACGAGUGGGGUUGUCGCGCUGUGGGCCAGAACCAGUCCAAUCCACCGCGCCCUUAUCGAUCCCAGACACAAUCACUUGCCUGAAGCUGCACCUCAGACCUCUAGGAGCUGUGAUUUCAAUGCCCUGCACCUCGAAAUCGUCGUGGCUGAGGACAGACCGGGAGUAUUGCAGCAGACCUACCCCAGAGACGACUGA